AUCUUUCAGGAAAUCCGCACAGUAACACGUGUGUUAGAGCAGUCAGCAAGAGAAAUCCUAGCUGUGUUACAAGCAGUCCAUCAAACACCUAACCCUGAAGGUACAUGCACAUGUCUGCCGUAGCUCUUCAUGAGCCAACUCCCUUAUCAACAUAAAACUAUAACAUCAAUUAUUUAUAUAUAUAUCAAAUUUGACAAAGCAUGAGGUCAGGAUGCCUGGAUAUUGGCCAAGUUCCUGUCAAGGAGUGACAAAGAUGGUUAAAUCUAACAAAAUUUGCAAACCUGGUGAGAAUUAACUAAGAAUUUGGUGAAUAUUCAAGUGAGAUGGCAAGUUGCAUGCAAUUGUAGACAUACCUCAAAAUAAAAAUAAUAGUAAAUGGUUGAAAUCUAGAGGUGUCGUUAAUUAAGAAACUAUUGUUUAACCAUAAGGUGUCUUCUUCACUUUAAUAAACAUUUACAUUGUAUUGGUCAUAUCACUCUGUAGAACUCCCCCCCCCCUUGAAAUCCUUGGAACUCCCCCCUGUGGGAAAAGGUGCUAGUAGGUUUAGCUCAAUUGCAAUUAUUGUGAUGGUUGCUGUUGGAACCCACAUAGUGGAUCAUAUGUGCCUUGUAAAUAGCCCCAAAGAUUUAUUUUGCACUUCUCUCAUUUAUGCUGUAUGCAUGUGAUGAUUAAAGUAAUUCUCUUUAUGCAUGUCUUGUCUUACUCUGGCAGUUGUUAAAAGGAUAUGUGAUAAAAGCAGACAUAUGUUUUCCGCUGUCAAGUCACAAUAUAAGAAUCUUAUGGAAAAGAUUCCUGUAGGGCAAUAUUACAGGUGAACUGGUGCAUCAUUGUUAUUGAUACAGUAAAUAUUAUUCAUAAUUUAGUUAUCCGACUUCUUGUUUAAGUAUAAAUCUUCAAAGGUCUUUUCAAAUUAUUUUCCCAGCAGUACUUAUAAUCAUACUGUAGAUACAAAAUGAAUUGUCUGUCCAAACUGCCCAAAGCGUUAUAGCCUUCUUUUCCAGCUUCUGCUGGAACUUUGAGCCUUUCAGCUUUCUCUCCCCCUCUUCUUUCGCUUCUUCCCGUUUUCUUUUCUUUGUUUCGCAUUCACUAGAGAUAGAUUUACAUGUAGUCCAAUAAAGCUGGAAAGAUAAAUAAAUACUAGGUUUCAUUUUGGUGGAAAGAGUUUAUGAGGAAGCUUUUAGUAUCUUAGAAUUAGUUGGAAGGAAGUGUAGGUGGGUAGUAGAACAAGGUUUACAUGGGAAUUUUUAGUUCAGCUUUGUACUGUAUGAGGCUUCCAACCCCCCCUCCCCGCCUUCUUUUUUCCUUUUUUUUUUUUCGCUUACCUCCUGGACUGAAUUGAACUCGUUCUGGUAUGGUUUCUCUUCCCCCUUCAUAAGUUAGAUUAGCCUGCGAAGGCAUCCGUUUCUCCUCCCUCUUCGCCGAAAUGUUUUCGCAGGCUAAAGUUAGAUGACAAAGUUGCCCUUGACCGUUAAAACGACGUCAUAAGCGGUAGAAAGGACGUGGAUCCUCACGGACGGCUCAGGGGCAAAUAGGUUAAAGUAAUGCUAAAUAAUACUGCUCCGUUUUUGACAUUCUCAUACUUUUGCUCUGCAUGUUUUAUACACGUAUUGUAGGUUUUGUGAUCAUUGGCGCUUUGUGAGCCAGAGAUUUGCUUUCCUUGGUGCGUUUAUUUUGUACUUAGAAAGUGAAAGACUCAUUAAGAGGCAGGAGCUAGCAGAAAUGCUUGGAGGUCAGUUUUUUUAAAGAAUAAAAUGUGUAAAACAUAAAAACAAGGAAACGUUGCGCAGGGUCCUAGAAGUGGGAUGAGAGUGAAGUGAAAUGACAUCGAAGUGUUUUAAAACUCAAGUGGAACCAAGAACCCCAGGUGAUUGAUUUCACUGCUUAGUUUUGAACAAUUUGACGUCAUUUCUAUGGUCGAUAAGAGUAUAGAACGUGGGAAAUUGUUAUCCAUUUGUUUUCUUGCAAUAUCAUUCUUGACAGUUUUUGACUUCCUUUCCGGUGAAUUUUCUCAGAAUAUCGCGCGACUAAGAAAAAGAGAAACAAAUUACGCCACCUUUACGUCAUUCCAAUGGUCUGUACUAUUAUCGACCAUAUCUCUCGAUCAAUGAACUGGCGAAAAAUCGCUCAGUUAUUGAAAACAAACUCUUUCACUUUUAGAAUGAUAAGAAAACCGAGACAGCACGUUAUAAUUUGUAUUAAUAUAGCUGAAAAGUCCACAAUCUUAACGUGUAGGACUGUUCGAAUGGGCAGUCUGGUCACUGGUAUAUCAUUAUAAUAUGCCUUCCAUUUUUUUAGUUCACCUAAAUACUCACGUUAAAGUCCUUUCGUUUCGUUUACAGAUUGCGCGCUGGCCAAUAUUUUUUGCUAAAGUACAUACCCAACCCAAUAUAUGGGCGAAAAGCUUUAUCGCUGCGGUCUUGAUUUAUCAUCUGGAGUUUGGUCGUUUCGAAACAAAGUCGUUUCGAUUCAGGCCGUUUCGAUACGAAGCAGUGAAAUUGCACAAAAAUUUCGAUCAAUACAAGUAUAGUUUGCGGGUGAACAUGAAAAACCUUUUGGGUGAAAAUUUUUCGUUCCUGAAGCCAAGUACUCUGAGCACUAAACGUCGAACUAUUUACACCUGAACUGAAUAAACUUGUAUCGAAACGACCUCUUUUCUCUUAUCGUUUCAGUUCAGGUAGAUCGCAGUACAUCUGAUGGUUUUCACAUUGAUCUGGAUGAUUUUUUAACCGGUCUCCUUCUGCUGGCUAAUGAGCUGGUGAGUCUACAUUUAAACGUAAUAUUCUGCUGGCCUUUACCGUGGUUACCAGAUACUUUCCUUGGGCAGUUUCUGAUUUCAGCCAAGUCUUUAUAGGGACUCGUUCGUAGCUUCGGCCUAAGGCCAAUAUGUACAUGCAAGGCAUCCCUGCUGUACUCCAUCGCCCGCGCGCGAGAAAAGUAUCACCCCAUGGUAAGGUUAUCUAAGACAGUCUUGGAUUCUGGAUUCCACGCUGCGGAUUCCGGAUUUUAGAUACUGGAUUCCGGAUUCUUUGGGCUAAAUUCCGGAUUCCAAGGCCCAGGAUUCCGGAUUCCACAAGCAAAAAUUUCCCGGAUCUGGAACCCAGAUUACUUUACAAGGGGCGACCGGGUAGCUUGCCGUGUCAAACCACGUCAUAUUCCAGGCUAAAAUUUCCUCUUAUCUUCUCUUCCAGUCGCGGUUUGCGGUGAAUAGUGUAACAGCUGCGGAUUAUGGCCGGCCGUUCAGAAUAGCUGCGUUUGUAGCAGAACUCGACGCGGGUUUCAGACUGUUAAAUCUCAAAAAUGACUCACUUAGAAAGAAGUUUGACGGCCUCAAAUACGACCUCAAGAAAAUCGAAGAAGUCGUGUACGAUCUUACCAUAAGAGGACUGAAACCAGCUUCUGCAGUCACAGAAACAACUUAA